AUUUCUUUCGGUGCCAACUGUCAAAAAUUGAAUGUUUAUAUUUAGUUCGGGAAAAUUUCCCUAAAAUUCUCUCACAUUUUCGUGUGAAAUAUUCGAAUUAUUACAAAAAAAUGGACGCAACUCAAUUGGAACCUCAAGAUUUAAGUUCGACAUCUAUUCAGUCAAAUCCCCUUUACGGAGAUCCGUCUCCGGUAGAAGUUUCGAUCUGUGGCGAUGAAUCGGAACCCCCUCCGGAGGUGAUCCAGCGCGAAUGGAAGGAGAUUACGACGGAGUUCUUCGGUUGCGUCAAGGAACUCAAGCUGGGCGAGUUGAUCCACGAUAACAUGUUCGGGCUGUUCGAUGCCAUGUCCGCAAUCGAGAUGAUGGACCCGAAGAUGGAUGCUGGCAUGUGUUGCAAUAAGGAAGCGACCCCGUUGAACUUCCAGACCGCAGUUGAGAGUGGAAAGAUGAAGUUGUCAAAUCUAGAAAGCCGGGAGCUGAUCGGGAUCAUCGAUGCUACGUAUUCCUGUAUGGUCUCAUGGCUGGAAGGCCAUUCGAUGGCACAAACGGUUCUGACCUGUUUGUAUCUGCAUCAGCCCGAUAAGAUUGAGGAUAAAGCGAUGAAGGCAUUCGCUGUGGCAAUCUAUAAGAUAAUCAAUUUGAUCAGGAGUUUUAUUCUGCGGGCCAGAGUCUACGAGGAAGAGGAUUUCCAGCCCAGCAACUAUGGGUAUGACAUGUAUGUGGACAUGACCGAGACUAAGGCGUGCAAUAUGCUGAAAAGUGCCGAAGAUGAUUGGGUGAAGAAGGCUAAGGAAGUUGACGAUGCAAAGGAACGGGACGAGAUAAAUGCUUUGGUCAGUCGACUAAAGUUCACCAGAUUGUUCUUGCAAUGUCUUGUGGCUUUGUACCCCUCUAAGGUAUCCAUUGUGGUAACUAAUAUAUCCCCUUCGAAAACGGAGAUGAUUGACAUCGUCAAAACGUUGAACGGAGCACUGGAAUUAACACAAGUGAUGGAGAAAACCAUUGAGUUUGGAACCCAGCCGGAUGUCGAAUCCGAUACCCCCAAUGUAAUGGGAUUUUCGAUGAUGGUUAACCAGCGAUUACUGCCACCUACAUUUCCUCGGUACACUAAAAUCAAGGAACGUUCAACGUGCAUUCAGUAUCUGUCUGAACUGAUUCAUCGUUUGAAGCAUGCUUGCAAAAUAGUGCACUGCACCAACUAUCAUAGCGCUUUGAACUUCUUCAUGGAUUUUAGCAAAAAGUUUGGACCUUGUCUAUUGUCGCGGAGUAUUCUACAAACGUUGUACUUCCCAUCACAUUAUACGGUAUUUGGAACGAAGAAGCGAACUGAGGUGUUGAAAGAAUCGGCCAAAGCCUUCAUAGCUCCUCCUGUUCUGCUUUCGGAAAAUCCAUUAUCUACCAAUCCAGCGGCAAUCAAUUGCGUCGACUCAUUUUUUGCGUAUAACGAACAUACAUUCAGUGUGCUAUUUGAAAUCUGUGGCUAUAAUCGGGCUCGACAGCGUGACAAGCUGGGCAUCAUGCUCUCUAACUUUGCCAAUCUCCAGGACGAAGCCGAACGUGUCGAUGCCUAUCUGCAUUCACUGUCGAUGAAGCACGAGAAUCCUCGCCAGCAUCUGGCCUGCUUCGGAACGUGGGUCUUGUACCACUGCCUAAGGGCAAUGUCCUUCUUUUUGCUUUCUGGCCUGGAGCUGGAACUUUAUUCGGUGCAUGAAUAUCUGUAUAUUUUCUGGUAUUUGUAUCAGUUUCUGUUUGGCUGGAUCGUGUCCGCAUUGACUCGAGCCGAUACGUUCCUGGUGGAGCAGGAUUACGUUGCAGAUAACAAGGGUCCAAAGGGUAGCCAAAAGAAACCCAAGGUGAAGAAGCGUAAGGGGAAAUCUGACGGCAAGGAAAUCAUCUUCAACCAAGCGAUGCAAAACAUGUGCGGCGGGUAUUACAAAGCCCUCGGGGGUUUCAUUGGAGAGGACCGUAUUCCGGAACCGUUGCCAAUGUUUGACAAUGAAAAGGUUCGCUUCGAGCACCGUUUUGCACCUUUUGCCACUCUGUCGACUCCGCCACCAAUGGCAUAUUCAGAUUUCAAAUUGAUGAAGACGUAUUUACUCAAAUCGCCUGCAGAAGAGCUCUAUGCUGCAGCUGCCAAGCAUUUCCACGAGGCUCGGGUACUACUGGAAUCGUAUCCCAAUCCAGAUGAAGAGUGGCACGAAAUCGUCAAGGUAGCCAAAAUGAACUUUGUGAUGAUGAACUUGCUGGCCAGUGGGUUGAAUCGGCAGUCCAAGACGCCACCAGAGUUCGAUUUUUCUUGCCAUCGAUUUUUCCCCAUCAUCAAGCAGCGCAAGUAAGGAGCUCUUAUUCGUGGAAUAGUUUUGAGGGGUAAUGUUCGAUUUCAAAGUCAAGCUAGCAGUUAAUUUAAUUGUGGAAAAUCUGUGUUAAGCUAAUGUCUAUAAACGUACUUGGGUAACGCUGUGGGUGAUCGAAUACACUAUCUAAUCUAAAAUAA